GCCCCAGUGCGCUGUGGGAUAGUGGUACUAUAAAGUAUAUCCUCCCUCGGAGAAAGAUAAGAAGCCCGAGACAGGAGGGGGAUGAAGAUGGCGGACGCCAAGCAGAAGAGGAAUGAGCAGUUAAAGCGAUGGCUGGGCUCGGAAACGGACCAGGAGCCCCCUAUUCUGAAAAAGAAGAAGACGAAGGUGAAGUUCGAUGAUGGCGCCGUGUUUCUGGCCGCCUGCUCAAGCGGCGAUACCGAGGAGGUGCUCCGAAUGCUUGACCGGGGCGCUGACAUCAACUACGCCAAUGUAGACGGUCUCACCGCCCUCCACCAGGCAUGCAUAGAUGACAAUGUUGACAUGGUGACUUUCCUGGUGGAGCAUGGAGCCAGCAUCAACCAGCCUGACAACGAGGGCUGGAUCCCCCUCCACGCUGCAGCCUCCUGCGGAUACCUAGACAUAGCAGAGUAUCUCAUUAGCCAGGGUGCCUAUGUAGGAGUUGUGAAUAGUGAAGGUGAGACACCUCUGGACAUUGCUGAAGAAGAGGCAAUGGAGGAGCUCCUGCAGAAUGAGAUCAACAGACAAGGGGUGGAUAUCGAGGCGGCCCGGAAAGAGGAGGAGCGGGUCAUGCUGAGGGACGCCCGGCAGUGGCUCAACAGCGGCCAGAUUCAAGACAUUCGGCACGCCAAGUCCGGAGGAACGGCGCUCCACGUAGCGGCCGCGAAGGGAUACGUUGAGGUUUUAAAGCUUUUAAUCCAAGCAGGGUAUGAUGUAAAUAUUAAGGACUAUGAUGGCUGGACUCCUCUACACGCAGCAGCACACUGGGGCAAAGAGGAGGCAUGUAGGAUACUGGUGGAGAAUCUAUGUGACAUGGACCUCAUUAAUAAAAUGGGCCAGACACCUUUUGAUGUAGCAGACGAAGAUGUUCUGGGAUAUUUAGAAGAACUACAAAAGAAACAAAAUCUGCUGAUGAGUGAGAAGAAAGAUGUUAAGAAAUCUCCUUUGAUUGAAACGACAACCACCGGGGAUAACAACCAAUCACUGAAACCACUCAAGAGCAAAGAAACGCUGCUUCUGGAGCCAGAGAAGAGCGCCCCACGCAUCGAGGCCUUGGAAGCGGAGAAGGAGGAUGAAGGAGAGGAGGGGAAGAAGGACGAAUCGAGCUGCUCCAGCGACGAAGAGGAGGAAGAGGAUUCAGAGUCGGAGACCGAAGCAGACAAGAGCAAGCCUUCAGCAUCGGUGAGCAACAGCACAACGCCCGCCCCAACCAGUAUCACCGUGUCAUCUCCAACUACUCCAACCAACCAGGUGACAACCCCCACCUCACCAGUAAAGAAGGUCACUCAGCCUGCUGGAAAGGCCUCAACUAAAACGGAGGAGGAGAGGAAGGACGAGUCUCCAGCGUCGUGGCGUCUGGGCUUGAGGAAGACGGGCAGCUACGGGGCGCUAGCAGAGAUCACGGCAACCAAGGAGGCUCAGAGGGAGAAGGACACAACGGGGGUGAUGCGCUCAGCUUCCAGCCCUCGUCUCUCCUCUUCCCUGGACAACAAAGACAAAGAGAAGGAAAAGGACAAAGGAACCAGGCUUGCCUAUGUGGCCCCCACCAUCCCCAGGAGACUGGCCAGUACUUCAGACAUCGACGAGAAGGAAAACAGCGGCUCUUUCGGCAGAAGACACGAGGACUUGAGCUCCUCGACCACGUCCUCCUCCACGACCACCACCACCUCUUCAUCUGUUACCUCGCCCACAGGCCAUCGCGGCCUGCUCUCCAGCCUGGGCUCCUCUUCCACACGCACUGGCUCCACCAGUCUCACCAGCAGGUACUGGUCAGAGGAGAGUGCAGAGAGGGAGAAGGAGAAGGAGUCUGCUGCAGUCAUCCCCACUAUAAACACUGGCUCUACUACGACCACCGCAUCGACCACUACUACCACCGCCAUAUCGACCACUACCACUGGCACUGUCACCGGCUCUGAAAGACGCAGGUCAUAUCUGACGCCAGUGCGAGACGAGGAGUCAGAGUCUCAGAGGAAAGCUCGCUCCAGACAGGCUCGACAGUCGAGGAGGUCCACUCAGGGUGUGACUCUGACUGACCUGCAAGAGGCCGAGAAAACAAUCGGCAAGAGUCGUACCCCAAAGACCCGCGAGGAGGAGAAGGAGGAGAGAGAGAAGCAGGACAAGGAGAAGCAGCAGGAGGAGAAGAAGGAGACGGAGACCAAGGAGGACGAUUACCGAUCGAAGUACCGCAGCUUCGAGGAGCGUUACCGGCCUUCAUCCUCCUCCACCUCUGCCAUUUCCACAGUCAGCACUGCCUCCACCCCAUCCUACUCUAGCAGCACAUUGUCCUCCAGUUCCAGCUCCCUCAACAGGCCUAACAGUCUGACGGGGAUCACCUCCUCCUAUAGCCGUUCCUCCAGAGACACGGAAAAAGAAGCAGAUAAGAAGGAGGAGGAGAAGGAGGGAGAGGACAAGUCUCAGCCCCGCUCCAUACGGGAUCGCAGGCGGCCCCGCGAGAAGAGACGCUCCACUGGGGUUUCCUUCUGGACCCAAGACGGUGAUGAAAAUGACCCUGACCAGCAGUCCGACUCAGAGGAGGGCAGCACCAAGGGAGAGCUACAGAGUGACAGAUUGUCCAGGAAUGAGAGCACUUCAUCCUUAGAUCGCAACGACACUCUUUUUAGCCGUAGCUAUGAGAGUCGAAGGCCAUACUCGAGCCGACUGGAUAGAGACGACACCACUGAUUAUAAAAAGCUCUACGAGCAGAUCUUAGCUGAGAACGAGAAGUUGAAGGCCCAGUUACGUGACACAGACCUGGAGCUGGCAGACUUGAAGCUACAACUAGAGAAGGCCACACAGAGGCAGGAACGCUAUGCUGACCGAUCACAGCUUGAGAUGGAGAAAAGGGUAACGAGCAGGCCCCAAUAUCAUCUGGGUGGUGGAAAGAAGAGCUCUAGAAAGGAAGAUUUCUGAGAUGGAGGAGGAACUUAAGAUGCUCCCAGACUUGAAAGCAGACAACCAGAGACUAAAGGAUGAGAACGGAGCACUCAUUCGAGUCAUUAGCAAGCUUUCCAAGUAGAACAGACCCCCCCGCCCCGUCUUCUGCACCCCCCUAGUCCCCCAUGGCAGUGACUAAUGGAAUUGCACAUUUAGAUAUUAAUUGCAACAGACAUCAGAGACAAGACUCCCCCUUUUUUUUUUUUUUUUUUCUUUUUGUUUUCUUUUUCUCCUCCCCGACUCUUUUUAUCUACCUUUUUGCUCCUCCACCACUGCAGCAUCCACCCAUCCAUCCAUCCAUCUGCCCCACACUCUCCUCGACUAUAAUCCACUCGAUUGUGUGGCUGCUGUCCUGAUAGAACCACUGAGUUUACAGAGCGAAAAGGAAAAAGGGUCGUGUGAGCAGCAUGUAAAAGCAUUGUGGGCGGGGAAGCCUGAAAACUAUUUAACCAAUAAGCCUUAGUUGUACAUAAAGAGAAAAAGAAAAAAACACUUGCAUCGAUCUCUUCUCUCUCUCGGCUAUCACUGAAGAACAGAUAUUAUCCAACACCUGAUUUUAUUUGUGCCACAAUCUCUUAUUUGAUGUCAUUUUUUUCUUUUUUCUUUUUUUUUUUUGUUUCCUCUUCCUGUGUAAGUGUUGUGUGCUGUGCAGUUUCCUCCUCCCUCCCUCCUUAAAGUGCCACUUUUGCCCCAUAUCAGCUCCUAGUGGCCCCCCCUUUUAUUUUUAUUUUUCUUAUUCUUCCCACACACCGAUCACCAAUGCACACACACUCAACCCCCCCCCCAUUUUUUUUUUUUUUUGUACCUCUGUGUGUCUUCCUCCAAGAGGGAAAAAAAUUUGAAAUUCUCGCUUUAGCGAAACGAGGCGGACCUGGUGGAAUUUAAGCUUUCACUGUAUGUGCAAUAUGCAUUUUCUUUUUUUUUCUUUUUUUUUCUUUUUUUUUUUUAAAUGCUUUAAUGAUGAGUCCAUCACAAGUAGGAUUUUUCACUCUUCCACCGCUUCCAUCGCUCACCUUCCUCCCCUCCUUUUUUUUUUUAAUUUUAUUUUUCUUUUGUUGUUUUUUGUUUUAAGUUUGUAGUGUAGUCAGUUUAUACUCUGUAUUUCUCACUUUGUUUUAGCAGGUACUGAGUGAUGCUGUAUAUACCUGUAUGUAUUUGUUUGAGACCAGCACAUGGCAUGCGUUUAUGGUUCCCGUCUGUUACUAUUAAAAGUAUACAAAUUCCAGAGGACAAAAAGGUGUGUUUUAAUUAUUUUUCUUUUAUAGUCUAAAGACAUUGGCUACAGUACAGUAGAGCCUCUCUCUUACACGGGACGGCUGGCAGUGUUCAGUGCUUUAUUUUCCAGUUUAAAAAUAAGUGUUCACAUAAUUGUGAGAUUUAAAAAAAAUAAUAAUAAAAAAUAAAAAGAAGAAAAAAGAAAAAAAAAAGAGAAAUAAUCGCUUCACUACAUUUCACUUUCAUUGUAUUCAGUAUCUUGGAAGAGUGCUGUUAAUUUUGUUUCCAGUUUUUUAAAGCUGUAGUAUUAUAGCCAAGGUGUUGUCACUAAAAAAUAAAAUUAAAAAACAUUUUAAGAAAAAGAAAAAAAAAAAAGAAGAAGAAUAUCUUAGGUAUCGCUAACCCAGUCCUUUUUACAAUGUCUACAUGCACUGUCAAUGCCAUGUGAGGGGUCUUGAUGUCAGGUUUAAAGCAAAAUCGCCACCAUCAAAUAUUCCAUGCAUCUGAAGACAUUUUAUGCAUUUCAGUGGCCUUUUAAGGAUAUUUUAGUAAAAGAAGUUUAAAAAGAAAAAAAAAAAAAGUCACUGCAGAUGGAUUAAUGACCAUCUUCUCUGGUUAAGACUUUUUUGUUUUUUGUUUUGUUUUUUGUUUUUUUUUUCCUUUUUUUGUUUUUUCCCAUCAUCUUGUAAAAUAGGUGUGUGGCUUAAUACAUGCAAGCUGUGCUGUGACUACCAACCACUGAAGAGUUCAUUAAAAAUAAACUUGUACAUUGUAAAGUUCCAA